UGUACUUUGAUCUUUUUACCAUUUGACGUUUAAAAUUUUCAAUUUGAAACUUGCUAAACAACAGAGGCAAAACACGAAUCUAACAAAAAAUUUGAGAUGACUGAUGUAGUUUUAAAUUUGAACUGCUCCGAACACGCUAUCUAUUCGAGGAUCCUGAGUGGCUGUGUUUAUAUAAUCAAAUUCGGGCUCACGUCACCAGACGUAUUUUUGAGGAGAGUCCACAAACGACAAGCAAAACGGUUGAGAAAAAGAGGAGUAAAUAUUAACGCGAGUGGGUUUGAGUAUGCUGUAGCUGAGAACAUUCUCAUUGAUCUCAAAGUUUUGCCGUCCCCUCUAAUUCCUGCAGGUCUUUACUCUCCACUGCGACAGCUUCUUGACAUUUACGGAAAAGAGGCAAGAAGCAAGUUCAUAUCGGAUACAUUCAAGGACACCAAUCCCACCAAUAUGUAUGUGCUCCAAGCUCUGCUUAAAACCAUGAACCUACUGGGAACAUUUGAAAACAGCUGGAAAUGUCCGUGUGGAAAAAUUGUGGAUGGGAAUGGGUUGUCAUGGACGAUGGUUGCCUUAUCGAUAACUUCCUACAUUUUGAGAGAAAAGUGUGCCAGUUCAGGACACUGGUUUGUGAGUUGGGGACAGAUGGCGUCAGAUGUGGAGGUGGUGAAGAUUCUCAUCACACACUGGGAAGACAUCAAACCUCUUCCAUCAUCAAAGUUACCCAUUAUAAAACCCACAUGCAUACGUCCAGUUCAAACUUGGCACUGUCAUCUCGCCAAUCGAGUACAUGUGGGCACUGCACCAAAAGAAAUCCCUAUUUUCGAAGUUGAGAGCCUCAUAACCCCCAUAUCUUUUAAACCAACCAAGACAGGAGAUUUUGAUAUAAGCUUGUACCAGGACUACCGGUUUGAAUCGCCUGAUAACAGCGGACUGGGUGAUAUCAACCUUAACACUACCUUCCAGACACUAGACCAACAGUACAUGGAUAACAUGGAGAGUUUGCAGACCGUCAAAGAGAGACUGGACUGUGAAUCGCCCCAGAGGUCCAGAACAUCAUUAAAUCUGGAGUUUAGUGACCCAUCAGAGGCACACGAUGAGCAUCUUACAGAGAUUGAAAAUUGGAUGAGGGAAAGCAAGAAAAAGGAAAACAUAUGGUCGAACAAUGCAAAUAUGAUUGAAGAAGAGGAAGAAGAGGAAUUGGACUCAGAUAGCAAUAACCAUAUUGCAAAUCUAGUUGGAAACAUAUUGUCGGGUUGUGGAGGGGGGUCCUACAACAUGUGGGAAGAUUUCACUCCACCGCCACGUGAUACUGUCCUCUCAGGGCAGCACAGUAAGUCAUAUUGGUCCGACUACAGUCAGAUGACCAGACGAGAUGGGCUUAUCGCAAUGGUAACCAGACGAGAAGAUCUCGUCUCUAGGAUCAGAGAAGUCGUAUUGAGAACCUUCCGGGAGGCAAGGGAGAAAAUAAAGAGUGAGAAUAAAAGCAAUGAAAUCCCAAAAUCUGAAUCAAGUUUAAAAGAACCGAACUCAAUAAGCUCUAAAAGGUCUAGAAUUUUGGAUCUUUUAGUUAAGGCAAACCCUAUCAAAGAUAUUUGUGAUCUGGAGAAACUAGCUGAUAAGCUAUAUCCAGCAAAAACAUCAAAUUCACUAUCAACCCCGCUGAGAACAAGGAAACAUUGCAGACACUCUCAUCUUUCUCACAAGGAGUCAAAAGGAGAUCUGAAAUACUCAAACCCAUUUGACAAACCGCCGCAUCUAAUCAAAGAAUUCGUACCAAAGAUCAAAGAAACCCUUUUAGAGGGUAUGAGCAAUAUAAAACCGUUGGAACAUGAUCUCAAACCGAUAGAACUAUCAGAUGGACCUUAUCUGACAGUACCACCACUCACUUAUAAUUACACAGGCGAGCAAUUUUACAUUAAUCCAGACGUCUUCAUGAUGACUUAUCCGUGGAUGGAACAGUGUAACUCAGCUGGAUAUAUUCAACCAGAUAUUUCAAGCUACCAAACAGAGGGCUCUCCAAUGUUCUAUCCUAUGAUGUUGAAUACCCCAAACGCCAAUCAAGUUUCUUUGGGUAAUAACAUGCUACCAAACGUUAACCCGGCCCAAACUACAAUAAUCCCACCAAUUCCUGAGGAGCUCCAGAGCACUACCCCACCAAACCUCUCCACCAUCAUGAUGCUCAGUCAACUCUUCACCUCUAUUCAGUAAUCUGGAGGUGUUAAAGAGCCUUUAUAAAAAUGAGAUUGCAGUGAGUUGGGCCUCCUCAUUUUUAACAUUUGCUUUAGUGUUAACAAAUAACAGGUAAU